AUGUCAGCGUACACACUGGUACAAGACGAUCCUGACAACCUGAAUAUCGAUGCUCAAGCCUCCACCUCGUCAGAGUCGACGCGUCGCUUGGACCACAAACUGGAUGAGAAAAGUCUUGCUGAUUAUGACCCCUAUCUGAUUGAUGCAUUCGACCCUGGUGAUCCGGAUGAUCCACAAAAUUGGUCUGACGCGAAGCGAUGGUAUCUGACUCUGAUCAGCGGUCUUCUCGUCUUAAACGCGACUUUUGCUAGUUCGUCUCCAUCUGGCAUUUUUCCACAGCUGAAGGACGAGUUUCAAAUGUCGGAGAAGGUGGGAAUUUUAACUUUAUCACUUUUUGUUUGUGGUUAUUGCGUUGGGCCAUUAUUAUGGGGACCUUUAUCAGAGCAAUAUGGAAGAAGACCACUUUUUGUGUAUCCUUUUUUUGUAUACAUGGCAAGAGACAUUUUUCUUAGGUGGCGACUAAAGAAUGACACAAAAUCUCAGUGCUUCAUGAUGGCGAAUGCCCUUGCGCAAAAUACAACUUCGGUCUUGUUAUUCCGCUUUCUUGGGGGCACUUUUGCUGCGGCCCCUCUGACCAAUUCUGGUGCAUUAAUAUCCGAUAUCUGGGAUGCAAAAAUGCGAGGCAAGGCCAUGGCGGUAUUCACAGUUGCUCCAUUUGCUGGUCCGGCUCUGGGACCAACAGCCGCAGGAUUCAUUGGGGACACAAUCUCCUGGCGAUGGCUCUUCUGGGUAUUGGCUGCCUUUGCGGCCGUUUGCGAAAUUUUAAUCGUCUUCACAAUUCCUGAGACGUAUGCGCCAAAACUUCUCGUCAAGAAAGCUCAGGCCAAGCGUGCUGAGACUGGUAAUGAACGCUAUUACGCCAUUUUGGAGAGGCAGGAUUUGGACUACAAGAAACGUAUCGAAGACAUCCUUGCGAAACCUUUUGUGGUCUUAUUUUGUGAGCCAAUGCUCUUUGUCAUUACUCUCUACAUGAGUUUUGUUUACGGAUGCUUGUACCUCUUGUUUACCGCGUACCCCAUCGUGUUCGCCCAAGGACACCAGUUCAGUGCGGGUGUGUCUGGUCUCAUGUUUCUUCCGAUCCCGAUUGGAGGUGCACUUGCAGUUGUUCUUUAUGUUGCAUACUACAACCCUCAAUACGAGAAAGAAGCCGAACGCUGUAACCCAAGGCCCGUUGCUCCAGAAUUUCGCCUCGAAAUGGUAUUAUACGCUGCACCCCUUUUUGCCAUGUCAUUUUUUUGGUUUGCAUGGACAUCUUUUCCACAUCUUUCGUACUGGGCCCCCAUGCUGUCUGGCUUGCUGAUGGGCUUUGCUAUUCAACUUAUAUUCCUAGGGCUGUUUAAUUACAUUAUAGAUGCGUAUCUAUCUGUAGCUGCAUCAGCUUUAGCAUCAAGCACCGUGAUCAGAAGUAUAUUUGGGGCAGCAUUCCCGUUGAGUUAUUCGAUUAAUGUCAUCAACCCUGUCCUCAACAUCUAUGGACUAGUCGAGCCUUGCAUCCGCAAUCCACGAAUUCAUCGACAAAGCGGGAUACCAUCCAUUACACGGACAUCAAAAGGAACACCCAAUCCUAAUCCUGGUGGCGGGACUGGUAAUUUGCAACAGAGUGGGCAGUCGACGCCCAAGUCAGUGACUUUCGGCGGACCUGGAAAGACACACUCGAUCAAGUCGAAAGUGUUAGGUCGUCAAAAAAUGCCCAAAAUUCAUCACGAACUCGACCUCUGGGACCAAGGUACUCCUGUUCGUGAUGGUUUGACUUCUACGUCCGCCUCUCGAAGACGAUACACGUCAAUGCCUUCUGAUCUGCAAGCCCAAAUCGAUAUUGACAACGACUGCAUUGCUAGGGGACUUGCCAGCUCUAGUCCUCCUCUUGUCGACUUUACUCAUUUUGAGGAUAUGUAUCGCGGUCCCAGGAUUGGAGCUUUCGAAGGGCUGGUUCCUUAUCGAAAUCGAAGCAAGACCAGGAAUGGACUGAGGAGCAGCAGCGGUGGUGAGAAAUCUUCCUUGACAGACAAACCAAGACCAGUUACUAUGGAUGGGCGCUCGACAGCCUCGUUAUCUGUUCCAGGAACGAGUACAUUGCCUGCUUCUGCUAGAAAACCUGAUCCGCGCUUGAUUAUAGCUUCUCUGCGGGAUAUCCUUGGCACUUCGUAUCGAGUCGAGGAUUACCUCAAUUCUUUUGAACUUCUGGCUGCACACCAAUUAGAUCAACUGGAUUUUGAAGAGAGGGAUGCAUUUCAUGCUUCCCUCCUGGAAAAAGGCAAGAUACAUGUGAAAACUCAUGAUGGGCCACUUACGGUACUUGGAGAGCCGAUUCGAAAAGCAUCGAUAUAUUCAUCUACAUAUGUAGUGCUUGGAGGACGUGAACAUUGUCUUCCUAUCAUAGUGGUUAACUGCAUUGAAGAACUAUAUCGUACAGGUAUAUAUCAGCCACACCUUUUCAGAUCUUUGCCAAACCGUGCACGCCUUUUUGAGCUUAUCGGCAUAUUCAAUUCGGAAGUCCCCCUUCCAGGCAGCACCAUACGUUCGCGACAAUCAAAUAGUCAUCCAAUAACAAGCGUUGGUUUUGGGAUCAAUACAUCUCUACAUCUCGAGUCCACGCCGGAUAUCUGUGCUUUGUUGACCACCUAUCUAUCUUCUCUUCCUGAGCCUAUCCUCCCAUCUUUCAUGUUUCGAGCAAUUUGGGAUUGGUGUGAAUUGGAUGAUGAUGAUAAUGAUAACCACGAAGGAAAUGUCAAGCUUGCUUCCGACCCAAAACCAACAUCUGCCUUCGGACGAAGGCACGGAUUACCGUCAACUGUACCGCUUGCACGCACUUACACUAGUCCCACCGAAUCCACACACAUUCUCGUUGCUCAGCUACUUUUGCAACUCCUUCCAUCUCCCAACUUUUCGCUUAUCAUUUAUCUACUCGCAUUCUUCAGCCAGGUAGCGUUGGUUAAAGAAGAGAACGGUGUUGGUGUAGAGGACCUGUCUAGGAUGUUCGGUGGUCGUAUAUUCGGAGGCGGAUCCGUUGCUACCUCAACGCUGCAAUCAAUAGGGGAAAGCAAAUCUGCAGAGGAUGUGUUUAACACUACCCAAACACGGAGAGAAGGAGAAGCUAUGAUGUCGUGGUUUCUUCGCAGAUGGGGCCCAAUUUCGGAAGGACUAUUCGAUGUAGUUGACGAUGCUAAGAUGGGGCUAUUCAAGAGGACAAUGGCGAGGAAAGAUAGUUUAGGGCAUGAUAUUCUGACAUCUUGGCUUACGGAUACUGGACGUCCUGGUGGUAAUUCUUCACAAAGUGGGGCAAGUGACAAGAACGCCGUCCGAGGAGGUUGGGUUUCAGACGCCGAAGAAAUCCAACGUCGUAAAGGCCUUAAUAAGUGUUUCCCAUCCACCCAAGAACCAUUUCAAGACAUCCCUCAGAUACGCCUAGAAAAUCCACAAGACCAGUCUACACCUAAAUCAAAGGCUGCGACAGUUUGGGUGAACGAAAAAUCAUCACGCGACGAGAAUGUUGAUGAAGAGCUCGAUAUCAUCAAUGAUUACGUUAUGUUGAACAGUGGAACAAACCCAGUAGCUACUACUUCUAGCCUCAAUUAUUCGGAGGACGCUACAAUUGACAUCGCGCGUGUUUUACCCUCCUCAGGCCUUCAAAGUGGGCCAGCGACGUCUCCUGAUGAACGCUUAAUGGACAUUUCAUUGCCCGCGUUCUUCAAUGAGACUUACCCUACCUCACCCAACCCUUGCGAGGAACCGACGAUGGUUCAUGUUCCUCAAACACGGAAGCCCGGUCUUUGCUCCGUUGCCGUACAGACAGGAUCCAUUCCCAACGGUUCUCCUUCAAUUCUAUCCAGUGAAGCUAAUCAAAUUUCGGACAGGAAUGUUUCUGGCAGUCGCGGUGGUCGUGAUCAAUCUUCCUUGGAAAUCAUCAUAACUGCACUCCAAAAGCAGCUCAAAAAUCGUUCUGACACCCUAGAAGAGGUUCAAAAAGAGAUGGAAGUGUGUAAAAAGGAGUUGGAUUUGCGGGCUCGCCGAAUUGCAGAGUUGGAGAGAUCAAUGACAGGUUGUUAG